AUGGCAUUCUCCAAGUAUGCCAUCAUCUGGUGGGACCAAAUCACCACUAGUAGGAGGCGUAGUAGGAAUAUUGAAGUCACUACUUGGUCCGAAUUGAAGGUUCUCAUGCGAAAACGCUUUGUUCCUAAUCAUUACCACUGUGACUUGUCCCACAAGUUACAAAACCUAAGACAAGGAAAUCAAUGUGUUGAAGACUACUACAAGAAGAUGGAGAUAGCCAUGCUCCGUGCAAACAUUGUAGAUGAUCGAGAAACCAUCAUGACGAGGUUCUUUAGCGGUUUAAGACUAGAAAUAACGGAUGAAGUUGAGCUGCAUCAUUACAUGGAGUUGAAGGACAUGCUUGAGAAAGCAUUAAAAAUUGAGCGAAGGCUUAAGAGGAGGGGUCAGUUAAGAACUUUCUUUACACCAUCACCAUCCUAUAGCCGUAAUAGUGCACCGAGGAAGGAGAUCAAACCCUCAGAAAGUUAUGCCACUCCAACCAAACUGAAGCAAACUCCAUUCAGGGAAGAAGGGAAAACUACUUCAAAGUUGGCCAAUGAACUCCCUAGAGCAAGGAGCCAAGACACCAAAUGUUGGAGAUGCCAAGGACUUGGCCACAUUGUUAGUCAAUGUCCAAACCUAAGACCAAUGAUCGUGCUCCCAAGCGAGAAAGUAGUGUCAGACGAUGAGGAGGAGUACAAGAAGAUGCCACCUCUGGUUGAGGAGGAGGAAAACGAAGCAGUUGUGCAGCAACCAUUGGAGCAGUCAGUUGGACUAGAGCUAGUUGCAAGGCGCGCACUAGCAGCUCAUGUCAAAGAAGAGGAGAUUCAAAGGAAAAACAUUUUCUACACCCGAUGCCUCGUAAAUGGCAAAGAAUAUAAUAACAUUUUUCCAGACGACGUGCCUAGCAGAUUGCCACCCAUAAGAGGUAUUGAGCAUCAAAUUGUCCUCAUACCUGGAGCAUUCCUACCUAAUCGUCCCGCGUAUAGGAGCAAUCCAGAGGAGACGAAAGAAAUUCAAAGACAAGUAGAGGAGCUUCUAGGAAAAGGGUGGGCACGAGAGAGUUUAAGUCCCUAUGCUGUUCCAGUCAUUCUUGUGCCAAAGAAGGAUGGGUCUUGGAGGAUGUCCACAGACUGCAGAGUCAUAAAUGUCAUAAUGGUAAAGUAUCGCCAUCACAUUCCUCGUUUUGAUGACAUGCUAGAUGAAUUACAUAGGACGGUUAUAUUUAUAAAAAUUGACCUAAAAUCUGGAUAUCAUCAAAUUAGAAUCAACGAAGGGGACGAGUGGAAAACUGCGUUUAACACUAAGUACGGGUUAUGA